GGAAGGUGGGUCAUGUAUUUGAUUAAAGUCGAAAGAGUAAUGUAGGUAGGCAUCAUCUAAAUCUAAAGAGAUGACAGCUCCAAAGGAGCCCAAACCCCAAUGUUCCCAAGAUGCCAUCCCCUCCAAGCGCAUUACAUAGAGAAAGGGUUGGGUUAGUGGAUGAUCAUAGGAGCAUAUCUCAUUCCACCACCUUCUUCCUCAUUGCCUCUCUCUCUCUCUCUCUCUCUCUUUUGGUUGAAACAAGAAUACACCACCAACACCUCAAAUUCUCUCCCUUUGUCUUGCCUCCACCCUCCCCCCGCUCCCUCGUCUUCUUCCUUCCCUUACCUUUUAUCUACUUAAAAACGAAUAAGUUGGUGCUGCAACCCACCUAUGGAAGAGCCGUACCUUGCGAACUCCUCCACCAUCUCCCCCACCCACAGUCCCACCACCCCACCUCGCGAGACCCGCGGCGAGGCGUCGCUCGACUACGACGUCGUCGUCAUCCUGGCGGCCAUGAUAUGCGCGCUGGUGUGCGCGCUGGGCCUCAACUCGAUGCUGCAGUGCGUGGUGCGCUGCACCCGCGCCGCCCUCGCCGAGCCCGCCGGCUGGGUCACCCACCGCCGCCUCAACGCCGGGCUGAAGCGCGAGGACGUCGUGGCGCUCCCCGUCGCCACCUACGCCGCCGCGCCGCAGCAGGCCCCCGCCGGCUGCGCCAUCUGCCUCUCCGACUUCUCCGACGGGGAGAAGAUCCGGGUGCUGCCGGCGUGCGGCCACCGGUUCCACGUCGUGUGCGUCGACACGUGGCUUCUCUCCCACUGCUCCUGCCCCACGUGCCGCCGUCGCCUCUCCCCGCACGGCGCCGAGGCUCCGCUAGAGAUGGCCAUCGCUCCUUAAGUGCCUGCCGCCUUCUAUCUCCCUAUAGCAUGUAGCCAUAAGUGGUGUGAGCUCCAGCAAGCAGUACCACCGAGGGUGUUCAUGUGUUUCCACUUCUAAUGCUCGUAGAUCUUGGUAGAUUCUAUCAGCAUUUUGGGAGGCUUACUAUUCCAGUUGUACAUAGAGUUUUCUGAUGAAGCCGUGACACAACUUGUUCAAGGAAAGCUCGAGUCACAGAGCAGCAAAAGAGCUUCUUCUUCUUCUUCUUCUUCUUCUUCUUCUUCGCAAGACAUGCAGUGUCUUUUGUGUUGCAAGAAUGAUGCCAUCCACUUGGUGACAUCCAGAUAUAAAGAUGUGAUCUUGGCCA